UAGGAAGAAUGUUCCUUACAUUGGUGGUCAGUAUGAAGAAUGCUUCUUACAUUGGUGAUCAGUGGGAAGAAUGCUCCUUACAUUGGUGGUCAGUAUGAAGAAUGCUUCUUACAUUGGUGAUCAGUGGGAAGAAUGCUCCCUUACAUUGGUGGUUAGUAUGAAGAAUGCUUCUUACAUUGGUGGUCAGUAUGAAGAAUGCUCCUUACAUUGGUGGUCAGUAUGAAGAAUGCUCCUUACAUUGGUGGUCAGUAUGAAGAAUGCUCUUUACAUUGGUGGUCAGUAUGAAGAAUGCUUCUUACAUUGGUGUCAGUGGGAAGAGUGCUCCUUACGUGGGUGGUCAGUGGAAAUACUGCUCUUUACAGUGGGAAGGAUGCUCAUUAUAUUGUUGGACAGAAGAAAGAAUGCUUCUUCCAAUGUUUUGUCAAUGGGAAGAAUGCUCCUUACAUUCAUUGUCAGUAGGAAAAAUGCCCAUCUUACAGUGGUGGUCAAAAGCUACUCUUACAGUUCAAGAGAUCAGUUGUGUUAUGCUGGUGGUUCUUCCAAUUGGUGUUGGACCCAGAAACUUGCAGGC